CACUAAAUCAUCGUUAGAAGUUUUUUUUCUAAUUUUAAGUCUUCUUCCAAAUUUUUUGUAUAAUUCAAAUUAAUAUCAAACCAGUUUAAGAAUCUUAAUAAUUAUUAUCACAGGAAUUGAUAAAAAAAUUGCAUUAUAAAAAAAUACAAGACUUGAAUCAGCAUCAAGAAAAUUUUUUUCAUUGUGCCAAUUUGUAAUCGGGAAUUUUUAUAAAGAGAAGAAAAAAGGAAAAAUCAAUUAUGAGGCCACCAAUGCAAAAAAUUUCAUCCCUUGUGGUUUCGGCGAUUCGAAGUCUUCGGGAAACUCGAGGAUCAACUUCUAAGGAUAUCAUGAAUUACAUCAUGUCAGAACAUCGUGCAGGGGAUGCUGCAAUUCAACGUCAGCUGAAUGCAGCUCUGAAACGCGGAAUGGAGUAUGGAAUCCUAAGGAGGGUCAAUGGCCACUACACUCUUAAUCCUGAUCCAUUUGGUGUAAAUCCAUACGUUAUAAUUCCAGAAGAAAAGGGUAUGCGAAAAAGAAGGCGUCGCAAGGGUUCACGUCGCAUGCGUCGUGGACGACGGGGACGAGGCGCACGUCGCUUACGUAAUUCUCGCCGUCGUGUGGGCGGUCAACGUAGGACGAAUCGAAAAGUCACCAUGAAACCGGAACGUCGUGGAGUUUUGGCUCGCACUAAAAAAAUGAAUAAUGAAAAACGUUUUAAGAAAAUGGAGGAGGAAUUAAAUGAAAAACGUCCAAAUAAAGUAACCCCACCAAUUGAACGUAUGCAUGUCGAACAUGAUCUCGAGGAAAAUCGUCCUGCGCACGUUGAAAUUCCCAGGCGCACAUCGACCAUCAAGAAUAAUAAGGAACGCGAACGCAGCCGGAGUAAAAGCCGACGAUCACAAAGUCAACCGCGACAACAAACGAGACAGGAAACUCCUCCAGCACGAAGUCUAAGUCGAUCUUCGGAGAGUAGCGAUCGUGAUAAUAACGACGAUAAUCAUCAAGAUGAUUAAUCCCGAUUUCGAUAUUGGAAAUGUCGACAGGAUAUUUGGAAUAUUUUCCAUUUUUAUAAGAUUAUUUUUUAAUAACAACUUUCAAUAUAUUAAA